CCAUUCUUACCAUCUCAUCUUUUUGCAGCGCCGUCAUCAUGGUCAAUUGGAAAUUGUCUUCUCUGCUUCUGCUCUCUCUGCGCGCCCUGGGUGCCGUCGCAGAGGCCGACGCGGAGAAGAUCAAAGAGCAGGUAGAGGAGCCGCAGACGCCCAACCUCAAUGUCGCCGUCUCGGUCUCGUUCCCGCAGGCCGAGGUUUUCGGCGUCAAGCUCAUCAACGGCCAUGCCACCGAGGCGCGUCUCUCGGUGACCAAUAACGAGCCCGCGCCCGUGGGCGUUGUGCUUGUUGGCGGCUCGCUGGCCAAGGAGGUUGCAGGCCAAUCUCAGCUUGUUCACAACCUCACGGCUCAGCGCUACUCGAUUGAGAUUCCCGCCGGCGCCAACGAGACGAUUCCCUACAGCUUCACGACCGAGAUGCAUCCCCAGAGCCUGCGCCUCGAGCUCGUCACUGUGCUCAAGGGAGCCAACAGCGCCCUCUACACGCUUCCUGUUUACAACGAGACUGUCAGCAUUGUCGAGGCUCCCACCAACUUCUUGGACCCUCAGAUUCUCUUCCUCUACCUUGUCGUCCUCGGCGCAUUUGGCGGAACCGUCUACUUCAUCUACAACACGUGGAUCACCACCUUCUUCCCUCAGAAGAAGGGCCGCGGCAAGGGUGGUGAGCGCGCCAAGACAUCAUCGGGGCAGAGCAAGAAGGUCGACCCUGCCGAUCAGGUUGCAGUCGUUGGCGCUGACGGGCCCGCCGUGACUUCUGGUGCCAAGGCGUACGAUGAGAGCUGGAUUCCUGCGUCGCACCUUCAGCGCCCCGAGGCGAAGCGUGUCCGCAGCGGUACGCCCAAGACCAAGACCAAGGCCUAGAGACGGUCAGCACGUAGAAUAAGGAGUGGUGGAAACUUGGUGGUAGCAAGUGCCACGACACUAUCGAUGUGCUUCAGGCUUGCAUGGCAUGAAGCAAUACAAUGAAAGAAGCGACUACGCUGGAAACGCGACGUCGCAUGUUGAGGGAGGAUAUGUUGAAUGACGAAUUGCAUGUAACAUGUAAAAGUUGGGCCAGCUUUGUAUAGUAGAAAAGUAAUAUAAUACGAAACGCGCG